UUUGAGGUAAUCGGGGUAAACAGAAAAGAUGGCGGCGUCUGUCGCCGGAGAGAGUCUGUCCAGCCCGACCGGGACCAGGACCGCCAGCGGCAGUGAUGCCGGGGGCGCAAAUCGCGACCGCCGCGGCGACAAGUUAACCGAUUUGCCCACCGAGUUGUUGGAACACAUUUUGUGCUUGCCGGUGCUCGAACACAUCGACAUUUGUAAUGUGUCCUGCUGCUGCCUGCGCCUGCGCGACGUUUGCCACGGCCGAGGGAAGGUGUGGGGGCACCAGUACAAACUCAGAUGGCCGCGACUGCAGAGGUUUUACCCGCAGAAUGAGAGCUGCGACUGGCUGCGCGAGUACAAAACGCGCCAUCGGGUGGGCAUCCAGAUCCGGAGGACGGUGGGGUCCAUCUCCAAGCGCUUCUUCAUGGAAGUGCCAUGCAUCGGCCAAGUGCUGGGCGACACCUUCGCCGAGAUCGAGUCGCUGGGGAUGCCCGAACAUUUCUGCGAGGACGAGCUGCUCUUUAUCCUUCAAGCCGAAAAAAGGAAAAGCCUGACGUUGAAGUACUAUGCAAAGAAGAUCCUUUACUUCCUGAGACAGCAGAACAUCCUGCGCGCGCUCAAGAGCUUCCUCGAGCAGCCGCCCGAGCAGCAGUCGGCGCUCGCAGGUGCCGUCCUGGUAGACCGGUACUGCAAUCCGCUGGCCGACGUCACGCUGGACGGGAUAUCGGCGCAGCUGGACGACAUCGCGGAGAAGGUCAAGAAGACGCUGCGGGUGAAGAAUCCAUCCCACCCCAGCCUUCGCGUGGCUCCAGGGGGCGAGCGACUUCCAUUGGAGGACUUGGAGCUCCAGCGGCAGGUCGUCUGCGCCCUCAACGCCGUCUUGUACGACCAGCUGCAGUACAAGGGUGACCAAUUGGACUACUAUAACCCGCUCAACUCCUACAUCCACCAGGUGCUGCUCCGCCGCAAGGGCAUCCCCAUAAGCCUCUCGGUGGUCUACAUGACGCUGGCCCAGAGGUUGGGCGUCAAGCUGGAGCCGGUCAACUUCCCCAGCCACUUCCUGCUGCGCUGGUGCCAAAACGAACGCGGGAGCGACGACAUCUACGACUACGUGUACAUCGACGCCUUCGGAAAAGGCAAGCAGAUGACGGCCAAAGAGUGCGAGUACCUCAUCGGGCACCAGGCCAGCGCCGACUACUACGGCGGCAUCGGCACCACCGACGUGUUGCUCAGGAUGGUGGGGAACCUGCUCAACAUCGGGAAACGGGGGGAAAGUAACGAGAAGUCGUACCAGCUCCUGAGGGACACGCUGGACCUCUUCCUCACCAUCAACCCCGACAACGUUCCCUACCUUCUGCUGCAGGCCAGGCUCUACUUCCACCUCGGCAUCUGGCCCGAAAAGGUUCUGGACAUCCUGCAGCACAUUCAGGCGCUGGACCCGUCCCAGCACGGCGCGGUGGGUUACCUGGUGCAGCACACGCUGGAGCACAUCCAGCACAAGAAGCAUCCCGCCGCGCCCGAGGUGAAGCGGCGCGGGGCGGCCGACCACCGGGACGUCCGCUACUCCGUCGGUCUAGUCAUGAAACACAAGAGGUCGGGUUAUAACUGCGUCAUCUACGGCUGGGACCCCAAGUGCACCAUGAGCCAGGAGUGGAUCACCACCAUGAGGGUCCACCAGCUGCCCGACGGCGCCGAGCAGCCCUUCUACAACGUCCUGGUGCAGGACGGCACCUGCCGAUACGCCGCGCAAGAGAACCUGGAGCCCCACUCAGCCCCCCUGGAGAUCGGGCACCCCGAGGUGGGCCGCUACUUCUGCGAGUUCGCCCACACGCACUACGUGGCCAACGACGAGCUGCGAACGCGCUACCCUGAUGACUCGGACCAGAUGGAGGAGACGGCGCGCCACCUCUACCCGCACGCGCGCCCGCCCACGCCCAUGUAGCCGCAACGUUUGCCGUUGCGCCGCGUCCCAACGUGGAGAUGGGAAAGCUUGCCGGCCACUUUAUAAGGUACACCCGCACUGGCUCGUGACGUCCUCCACGUAAAGUCUCUCUUUUGUUUGAAGGGACUCGUUUAAUCAUGAGGUUGUUUUGGUCACCGUGAGAGCCGCUUUGAAUAUUUCGACCGGCUCGUGUAGAGAAAUAAAGCAGCCAAAAUAUUAUUUAUGAUGUUCAACAAUCAGGAUUACAGUCGUUCUUAAAAAAGAAAUCCAACCACAUUUUAAAUUAUGCUUAUUAUGAUCCUUAAGAUCACAUUUACUAUUAAUGUCAAAAAAAAAAAAUCAUGAUCUUAAUUGUGAUCCUGGAGUGAAAUUCAAUGAUUAGUUAUAUUAAUAAAAAAAUUAGAAAACAGGUGGUCAUACUGCCAAACUUAAAAUGUAUAUGCUCAAGUGUAGAAAUAAAUUGGUUAUUCUUUAUUAUUUCAGUAGUGAUCCUGAAGAGAAUUUCACCGAUUAUCAUGACUAAUAAAUGUUUUUAAAAAAAUAAAAUAAAUACAAGCAGUCAUGAAGGAAAUUCCAGAGUUAAUUGUAUACAUUUGAAACAGUAUAUAAAUAAUUGUAUAUCUUUUUAAUUAUUUGCGUUGUAAUUUCUGGAGGGAAAUUCUAGGAUUAGAAUAAGUAUAAUGAUUUUUUAAAAAACAUCGAAUUAAAAACAUUUGUCAUUAUAUUGACGAUGAUCUAUUAGAAUGUGAAUUCAAGGAUGAUAAGUACAACCAAUAUAUGUAUGUGUGUGUGUGUGUAUAUGAGAGUAUACACACACACACAUAUAUACAUGCGCACACUGAAAAAUAACUUUGCAGCUACAAACGUCCUUAGUACAUUCAACAAUAAAUUAACAUCUGUGGCUUUUUUUAUUUA